AUGACAGAGUAGCCCGACAGUCGAAGUAAGGUUUUUCUUCGUAACUUACAUGUAAGGGAUAUUGUACCGGGCAAUGUAGAGAUAUAAAUGCAACGGAGAUUAAUGCGCUGCACCUAUCUGACAUUGCCUAGCUACUUCGCGCCUGCUCUGUAACGCAGACGAAACAUAUAUAUGUAGCUCAUCAACACUAGCUGGAGAAUUGAAAGGCUUGUAGCGUGCUCUACUGUAACGGCGCUAGCUUAGCAUAGCACCAGAUGAAGUAGCCGACAGCACACCGAUUUAAAAUGAUAUGAAGGUCUGGUUAUAACAGUUAUAUUUUGUGCCUUACUCGACCAGCGUGGAAGUGGAUGAUUUUAUCUUGAGAAAGAAAGACAUACUGAAUGGUGAUACACCAUUGUGCUAGCCUGCUAACGCUAGCCCAGUAGCAGUGUGGCUAACCGGAAUUCAGCACCGGCUAGUUAGCGGACUGAGUCUGCCAAGAUAUAUUGUAUAAAGUUGAAGCGAUGGACCAUGGCACGGAGGCUGCUGCUGACCGAAUCUUGCUGGAACCAUACAAAUACUUGUUGCAACUGCCAGGAAAACAAGUGAGAACAAAACUCGCCCAAGCAUUUAACCACUGGCUCAAUGUUCCCGAGGACAAGCUGCAGGUGAUCAUUGAGGUGACUGAGAUGCUACACAAUGCCAGCCUGCUGAUAGAUGACAUUGAGGAUAGCUCCAAGCUGCGUCGAGGCUUCCCUGUGGCACACAGCAUCUAUGGCGUUCCUUCUGUUAUCAACUCGGCCAACUACGUGUACUUCCUGGGGUUGGAGAAGGUGCUGAUCCUGGAGCACCCUGAGGCGGUGCGAGUGUUUACCCGUCAGCUUCUUGAGUUGCAUCGCGGUCAGGGCCUCGACAUCCACUGGAGAGACACCUACACCUGUCCCACCGAGCAGGAGUACCGCAAAAUGGUGCUGCAGAAGACAGGAGGGCUGUUUGGCCUCGCUGUAGGCCUGAUGCAGCUCUUCUCAGACUGGAAGCAGGACCUGAAACCCCUCUUGGACACACUGGGCCUUUUUUUCCAGAUCCGUGACGAUUACGCCAACUUGAGUUCCCGCGAGUACAGCGAGAACAAGAGUUUCUGCGAGGACCUGACCGAGGGCAAGUUCUCCUUCCCCACCAUUCAUGCCAUAUGGUCACGUCCGGAGAGCACUCAGGUGCAGAACAUCCUGAGGCAGCGCACGGAGAACAUGGACAUCAAACGAUACUGCGUGGACUACCUGGAAAAGGUGGGCUCAUUUGCUUACACCCGCCAGACUCUGCGGGAACUGGAGAUGGAGGCCUACCGGCUCAUUAGGGAGUUUGGGGGAAACCCUCAGCUGGAGAGCCUGGUCAAACAUCUUAGCCAGAUGCAUCACGAGGCCGAGGCCACAGCCGAGUCUAGCUGUGAGCCGCCCUCCAGCCAAAACCACUGACCACAUAUUUACCUUAAAUGCUGCGUGACUCCCAUGCACUCCAGCACACAGAUCCUUAGCUGAUGCACUGAUACAGACACGCACAUUCCUGAAAACCUCAGUACAUACCAGAACAUCUCCUUCACACACUAUGCUGAGUCUUCAUGACUGAAUUCAGAAAGCAGACCAGUCCCAAAUGUUGCCUUUUGGUUUUGUGUUCAUGAAGGCAUCCUGCAAGAGUUGCUUUAUUGUACACAUAACUAACUUUUGUAUCAAAGUGUAACAGUUCAAUCAGCGGAAGACAUGAAUUGAAAUUAACUUCAGGGUUUGUUUGUUUUUUUUCCCUUUUUUUCUGAAAAUGAAAACUACCAAGAUGGCAAAAAAGCUUUUACGCCUUUUGAUGUGCACAACAGUGUAUAAAUGUAUUUCUCCCCUCCUUGUAAGCAAAUGUAAAUUGUUUAUCUAAAAGCAAGUCUCUUCUCCCCCCUCUCUCAUGUUUAAAAAUAGGAUGUGGAUGUCUUGGGCUUAUAUGUGGUUUGGGGCUCCUUAAUCAUCAAACCACCAGAGUGCCAAGCUUAUAGGAAAGACCUCCACCACUGUACUGUCUCCUUGUUACAUAACACGCUGGUUUUACAUGCAAAGUAGUGUUCCUGUUGCUCAUGCUCACGCGUUUAUGUUUUUGUUCCAACAGAGAUCUUUACACCUUGAACACUUCAUUAGUGUCAUACUGGUAUUUAUUAGGAAACAACUCUGUGCAGUAACACCUUGUUUGUACUUAUUUAAUAAAAAAGAUUCUUUAAAGAUCACCUGUGGAAAGCAGUUUUUGGCAUUAGUGCCAGUUUGAUCUUUUGAAUCUAUUACAGUAACUAAUCUGAGGACAGAUGUGCAAAUGACAGAAGCUGUUCAUGGAGAUUCUUCAGUAGUCUUCAGCACUGGAGUAGUGCUAGUAAUAAAAAUUACAAUUGCAAAAAUAUAUUAUAUAAUGAAUUGAGUCACUAUAACAGCAUGGGUUGUUAUAAUCUGGAUGUAUAAAUUUAAGUGACUAAAUUUUAAUGAAUCGCACUGGUAAUUGAUAACAUUGAUGUUACUGAAACUUUUCUUUUUUUAAAUAAGCUUCAUAAAUGGAAAGCUGAAGUUAUAAAAAUGUUUUUAGAUUAAAUAAAAUCCAUGAAUGUUAUGUCAAUUUAAAAAAAAAAAAAAAAAAAAAAAA